AUCAAACUGGACAGGGAGCGAGUGGCCAAUGGCCUGACGAAGCUAUUCUCAACCAACGACCUCGUGGACAACAUGAAGAAAGAGCUGGUGGCCUUGGAGCCGGAGCUGAAGCAGAAAUCAGCCGACACGGCAGCGCUGAUGGAGAAGCUGAAGAUAGACCAGGAGAAGGCUGAUAUUGUA